AUGGCGGCCCCAUACCGUUUGCGGGAACAGUUGCCGCCUCCAAAGCACCCAGACGACGGCCUUCCGACGAGCGAAACCACCUCCCUGUCUGACCACCGAGUCUUCCUUCACCACCCAGGUUACCCGAAAAACUCGAGCACUCUGCUCAUCCUCACCGCGCUCGACCCUCAGAAAACCGAAAACUCCUAUCAAAUACAUUACGGCCUCCAUCAUGAGACGGCGCGCAUAGCCUGCGCCAUCGUCGCGAACUGCCACUGGGAUGGCUUUCUCUCCGAAUCCAACGCCCCUGAUGCGACGCCCCUCGCGCUGGCACCCGACGACCUCCUGCUCGGCCGCGAUUACUACUUCCAUGUCCCAGCUCGUGAUGGCGACGCCAGUCCCUAUCCGACGGUCCCCUCGUUCGAGCACUUUGCAUUCCCGCACAAUAACCUGCCUCCAACGUGGAAUGCGCCCGAGCUCAAGCUCCAGUCUCGUCCACGCGACACCAUCCACACCCGCGACAAGUCGUGCCGCAUCACGGCGUCGGUCCUCGGCAACGAAGUCGCGCAUCUCAUCCCGCAAAAGGAAGACGCAUGGUUUGCUGCGAAUCAGAUGACCAUGUACGCUGUGCGCACGGAGGCCUCCCCGUCGAACGCGACCAACGAUACCAGCAACGCCCUCCUUCUCCGCUCCGACCUUCACCAGGCAUUUGACAACCGCCAGCUCGUUCUCGUCCCGAAAUGGGGCGCCUGGGCGAUCCACGUCCUCUCGGGCCUCCCGGGCGAGGAGCUGGCGGCGGUGUACCACAACGUGCCGCCGCAGGCGCUGUCAGGGCUGGCUGUCGAGUACCUCUUUGCGCGGUUUGCGUGGACGGUGCUUGGGCAGACGACGUUUGUCCGCGCCGGCGUGGCGCGCCGCCUGGUGCUCGUGGGCGAAGAUGGUCGCUCCCAUGCCAGCGACGUCUCUGGGAAGGAAUGUCGCGAUGGCUUCCUGCCGGCUCUAGCUAGGGGUAAGAGCCGCAGCCAGAGCCGCAGCCAGAGCCGCAGCCAGAGCCGCAGCCACAGUCCCAAGAAGCGCACGCGCAACGAGCUAGUGCAAGAUGAAUGGGGAGAUUUGUCUGAUUCGACGGAUGGGGAUAUAGUUGAUUCUGACUGGGGUACACGCGGACGGGCCAGGAAACGGUUAUCACACGCAUCCAACUCAGUCUCGGUCUCGUCUUCCGCCGCUUCUAGCUUCGGUAGUUGGCGAGACGCGUUGAAAGAUGAUGACAUUCGCGAGGCGCCGAGUGAAGACAAGAAUCGGCCACCAAAGAUGGCCAUAAGUACGGUAACGACGACACCCGCGAUCACAGCAACGACGACGACAACGAAGACAGCGAGGGCGACGGAAUAG